AUGGAGGAUAGAAAGCGGCCUGCCAUCAGCAGCGCCGAUGAAAUAGCUCCUCCGAGUAAAAGAGUUGCUGUCAAUGGCUCAAAGGCAAAGGAUGACCCCCUUGAUAUGAAGGAGGAAAGCUGGGUUGAGACCUACACCAAGGGCGCUAUCUACCGGCAGAUGCAAGAAUACAGUCGCAAGGCUUCGACAUACGAGUCACGCCUCGAAGAGCUCCAUAAACGAUCUGUUCAUCAUGAUGACCAUUUGAGGCUAAUUGAUGCUUGGUGGCGACAGGUUCUCGAUGAAUUGGAACUUCUGUCAGAAUCGGACGUCAAUUCACAAACACCCUCAGAGCCUCCAUAUCUCAGUAGUGUCUGUUUCAAGGACCUUCACGACUUCCAGAAACAUCUAUCGGAAAAGGGCAAAGCGAUCAAAUCGAGAGCCGAAGCGCUACUUGGGCGCCUGGCUUCUUCACGAGGCAAGAUUGAACCCGACGCUGCCAAGUUGGAGAACAAGCUUGCAAGCUUGCUGGCUGCUCAGAAGGAAUAUCUUUUCAAACUGGACCGCUUGAAGACCGAGAAGGACCAACUGUCAGAACAACUCAAUGCUGCGACUUUACGUUAUUUCAAAGCGGAAAAGAAACUCGAUCGUGCGAAGAGCGCCCAAGUUCAAAAGAUGGAACAACAAGCAUUCGCCAAUGCUACUCGACCUUCCGCCUCUGGCGACGCUAAUGCCGAUGCUGGUGAGACAAAUGGAAACUCAGGCGAGCUACUUCUCAAAUACGAGGAGGCGACUGCAGCAGCUACCAAGCAAAAGGAACAACUCGAUGUUAUUCUCGCCGAGAUCAAGACUCUACAGGACGAAAAUUCGACUCUCAAGGCGAAAAGAGAUACCCUGACGGACGAGGAUUUCAUUCGGACCGACGUCUUUAAACAAUUCAAGAACCAGAACGAGGACCUGAUAAAACGUAUCAAUACGCUUGAGGCUACAAACAAGCAACUACGAGAAGAGGCGGAGAAGUUGCAGGCGGAGCGAUCAAUUUUUCGAACCCAACUCGAAGCAGACGCAAAUCAGGUGACGCAGGAGCUUGAAGCUGAGAUCAUAUCAAGGGACCAGGAUCUGGCUCGAGUGCGUUCAGCCCGAGACGAGUUGCUGGCGGAGACGACGCAACAUAAAGCUAGGCUAGAUCAGGAGCGAGCAUCAGUUGAGCAGGUGAAGGCAUUAGCAUCUGCCAAGGAGGACAGAAUCACAGCUCUCGAAUCGCAGCUCUUGCGUCUUCAGCAGACCGAGGACCAGCAAGCAGUCAACCCGGAUAUCGAAGCGCUUACCGUGGAGGAACUUCGCUUGAAGUAUACAAAGCUACAGCAAGAUUUUAAUUCGAUCAACCUAGAGUUGCCUGCCAUUGAAAAGGCAUACAAGAAGAUGAAGGAUCUUGCUCAUAGGAAGGCAAUGGACUUCAGCGCUACAGAAGAGCGCAUGUCGAUGUUGAUCGCUGAGAAGAGCAAGGCCGACCAAAAAUAUUUUGCUGCCCGAAAAGAUGCGGAUACGCGAAACAACGAGAUACGAUCAUUGCGACACCAGAACAGCAAGAGCUCAGAAAUUAUCGCACAGCUUAAGGAUCUUGAGUCGCAGAACCGCACGCUGCUGGGCAAUUUAGAGAAGCAGUUGACCGACCUAAAGCAGUCAAAUGCUUCCCUGAUGACCGAGAACAAGAAGAUGGAAGCAAUGAGUUUUGACGCCGUCCGACGUACCGAGUCUUUGAACAAGCAAGUUGCUGACCUGACGAACUUGGUCAAGUCAAAGGAUGCCGCGUCUGCCGUGGUUCGCGAGCGCAACGUUAUGCAAGAAGCAGAGGUGGAGAAGAUGAAAGUACGACUUGAACAUGCACAAAAGGAUCGCGACAAUUGGAAGAACAAGGCGCUGAGUAAUUCUUCCGAAGAGGAAGAAAUGCUUCGAACGUUUGCUUUAUGUACGGUCUGCCGCAAUAACUUCAAGAACACAGCCUUGAAGCAGUGCGGUCACUUGUUCUGUAGCCAGUGUGUUGACGAUCGCAUCUCUAACCGCAUGCGCAAAUGUCCCACUUGCUCUCGUGCUUUUGAUAAGAUGGACGUUAUGCCUGUUCACCAUUAA